AUGCCCACCGUUACCGUCGACAAGGAACACUUCUACAAGGCGCUUGGCCGCCCCUACACCACUCAGGAGUUCGACGAACUCUGCUUCCAAUUCGGUAUCGAGCUUGACGAUGACACCACCGAAGAAGUCACAAAAGCUGGUCUUGGCGAGCGACCGCAAUUGAAGAUCGACAUCCCUGCCAACCGAUACGAUCUUCUCUGUCACGAGGGUAUCUCCCGCGCACUCAAUGUGUUCUUAGGCAACAUUCCUCAGCCUCAGCUCAAGCUCACCAGCCCUGAUCAGAUGAUCCAAGUCAAGCUCAGCCCCGACGUCGCUCGCAUUCGACCCUACUUUGCCGGUGCAGUCCUUCGAAACAUCAGCUUCAGCCCAGAGAGCUACGCCAACUUUAUCGACUUGCAAGAUAAGCUCCACCAAAACUUGGCUAGACGUAGAACGCUCGUUGCUAUCGGCACACACGAUCUUGAUACCAUUCAAGCGCCCUUCUCCUACGAGGCUUUGCCACCGAAAGACAUCAAGUUCGCCCCACUCAACAAGGAGCACGAGUAUGAUGCUAGCCAGUUGAUGGAGCUUUACGAAUCCGAUAAGCACCUCUCUCGCUAUCUUGACAUCAUCCGAGACAGCCCUGUCUAUCCCGUCAUCUACGACACCAACAGACAAGUACUGUCCAUGCCACCUAUCAUCAACUCGAACCACUCCAAGAUCAGCCUCAACACCAAAAACGUCUUUAUCGACACCACUGCUAUCGACGAAACCAAGUUGGGGAUCGUGAUCAACAUCAUCGUAGCUAUGUUCUCGCAGUACUGCGCUGAGCCUUUCACCAUCGAGCCUGUCAAAGUUGUUUACCCUGAUGGCCAGAUCAAGGUCACUCCUGAUAUUUGCAGCACACAAUUCCUUGCGAGCGUGGACUAUAUCAACAGGUGUACCGGUCUGAAGCUUUCGCCAGAGGAGAUGAUUGGGUAUUUGAAGAAGAUGGGUCACACUGCGACCGUUGACCCUGCUUUUCCUGCGGAAAGGCUUAUUGUGUAUGUACCACCUACUCGACCAGAUAUCUUGCACGAGUGCGAUUUGAUGGAAGACGUAGCAGUGGCUUUCGGUUUCGAUAACCUGCCAAAAACUUUCCCGGCCACCAACACUGUUGCUGCUCCUUUACCGAUCAACAAACUUGCGGAUAUUGUGAGGAGGCAAUGCGCAUACUCCGGUUGGAUCGAAGUUCUUCCCCUUAUUCUCUGCUCUCAUGAUGAAAAUUUCGCUUGGUUGAAUAGGAAAGAUGAUGGCAAGACCGCCAUUGUAUUGGAGAACCCUAAGACGGCCGAGUAUCAGGUUGUUCGAUCCUCUCUUCUGCCAGGGAUUCUUAAGGCUGUUCGCGAGAACCGCAAGCAUGCUUUACCACUACGAACAUUCGAAGUUUCAGAUGUUGCCUUCAAAGAUGAGGUCGAUGAGCCCGAGCGUUGCGCACGCAAUGAGCGCCACCUUGGUGCGGUCUACUGUGACAAGACGGCAAGUUUCGAAGUUGUACACGGUUUGCUCGAUCGCUUGAUGCUCAGUCUAGCCAUUCCACGCAUUGCUGGCAAGGAGGCUAAGGAGGAAAAAGGGUACUGGAUUGAAGAGCUAACAGAAGGAGAAGAGGCAGGAACCUUCUUGCCUGGUCGUGCAGCAAAAGUUUUGCUCCGACUACCUAAGGAACAGUACAACCCAGGUGCUGCUACCAAUGCCAAACCUGUUACUGUUCAAGGGGUAAAGGAGAAGACAGCUAGCGCUUUGGACACUGUCAAGGAGGCAUUUGAAAACCUUCUACCAACAAAUGACGGCAAGAGCGAACAAGUACAGGCUGACCAAGUAGUGGGACAGAUGGGUGUCUUGCAUCCUUCUGUGUUAAAGAAUUUUUCCAUCGACUAUCCUUGUUCUGCGUUCGAGUUCAACUUGCAACGCUUUUUGUAA